AGUCACUUGAAAGUGAGAACCGAUUGGACAAAGUAGCAACCGGGGAGAGGGGCAGCGAGUUAGGCUGCGUGCUACAUAAAGCACUGCUGCGUGAGACAUUGACGUGUUUGGAGCUGGAGACGGCCUGGGUUCCUGGGUAAUAUCGGUGAGAGGCUUCAAUUAGUGGCUGGAGUCGUCGGUCCUGGUGGGGAAGGGGGGGGGGGAGGGGCUGGACCCUGCCAGCGGUCAGGCCAGUUGAUGGGUUUGUACGUACACCUUGAUGUUCCGGCCCCAUCCAGUUACAAAGCAAGUCAAGACCUUAGAAGAAAGUUGCAGCUGGAGGAAACCAAGGAAUAAUAACCUGAGAGCUGCCUGGCUGCAGUAAGAAGAUUAGGAUGCCCAUUGUUACCAAGAGACUUAGAGACCCUGAUGUAAAUCCUUGUUUAUCGGAGUCAGAUGCUUCUACCAGAUGUAUGGAUGAAAAUAAUUAUGACAGAGAAAUGUGCACCACUUGCUUCUUGAAGUAUAAAAACUGCAGGAAAUUUUGGAAUGCCAUUAUGAUUGAAAGACGACGAAAUGGAGUUAAACCACAUAUGCCCACAGCUGCAGAAAGAGAAAAAAUCUUGGGAGCAAUGGGAAAGAUGCCCUAUUAAAGGAUUAUAUACAACAA